GGGCGGAAGUGGGUCCAUUUUUUCUCAGUGGGAUCAGAGCGGCUCGAGGAGCUGCAGCCAGAGCAACGCGCGCCAAUGAGAGCGCACACUUUGUGUUUAUGUCCUUGCUAAUUCGCCCGAGAGUGCACAACGGCAACAACAACAGUCAAGUAAGGGACGGAAUAAAGGUCCAUACGGUCGUUGGGCCGACUUUUCCCGGUUGUAGGGAACCGUUUUUCCUAUCAUUCUAGUGGAGGGGAAACCUGCGCAUUCCUCCACGCAGAGAGCCGGAGAGGGAGACCGACCGACCGACAGACUGAACGGGCAAGAGCUGGAAGCGGCCUCUAAGCACGGUGGACCCGUCAAUUACCCGCUGAGACUUGGGAUAGACGUCCUGUCCGAUGCCUUUGCUAUAUCUGAGGCUGGCUGAGGUUGUUUUUGGUAGCUCAGUGACUCUGGGAACACUGUGAGAUCGUUGCUUUGAUGAAUAAUUUACAGUCUCUCGGUCCGAGGCUCGCGCUGCGAUUACCUAACGACCGUUGGCUGCGCCCGACGCCGCCGCCUGAACGGACCCCGAUGGUGGACGAGAGGAAAACCCGCAACCGCACGGACCUGAACCGGAGAGCCUAAAAUAAAAGAUAUAUAUAUAUAUCUAUAUACAUAUAUACACAUACAUUCUGUGGUACUCGUCGGGUGCCGUUUCGUAGUGCUGACCCUUGUGGUCAUGUUGCCUAGUAGGUGGGGGAGGAGAGACGGAGCGCCCAGUACUUCGACGCUGAUCCAGUAUCACUUCAGUUUCGGCUUUAUUUUAUGAGCUUCAGCAAAGCACCAUCUGACACUUUAUCUCUGUAGAAGCAUUAACAUAGUCCACUGCCAUCCUCGUGGUCGUUUUCGAAAGAAGGGCGCGGAUGAUCAACCGUUAAACACCUUUCAACUGAACUGUAAACAAGUGUUGCUAUUUUUGUUAUCUCAGAAAUUGUAUCUGAAGGACUGAUUAUCUUUUUGUUUUGUAUCAGGUUUGAAAUAUUAUAUAGACAGACAAAGUUCAAACCCACUGUUGAAUUGACUUAAACACCUCAUGAAUCUACCUCAACAUUAUUGUCUAUACAACACAACGGGUUUAUUCGUCCCCAAAUGAAUACCUCAACCUCACUGCUGCUCCUGUUGUGAACUGAGCCUGGUUUCAUUAAAGCUGCAGAUGGCUUCCUUUCCAGACUCAGACCUGCAGACAUGCCCGCUCUGCAAGGAGUUGUGCGGCUCCUCUGCACCCAUCUCCUCCAGCUCUUCUACCUCAUCAUCUUCGUCGCAUACCUCAUCCUCCUCCACCCAAACAACCAAGAGGCUCCACGUCCUGCCUUGCCUGCAUGCCUUUUGCAGGCAGUGCCUGGAGGGACAUCGCAGUCCUGGGGAUCCUCUGAAGCUGCGGUGCCCCACCUGUGACCAGAAGGUGUCCAUCUCUGAGGCUGGGGUGGACUCCCUGCCUUCCUCCACCUUCCUCUUCAGCAACCUGCUGGAUGUGGUAGUGAGCUCAGAGGAGCAGAUCCAGAACAAAAAUGGGCACCAUCACCACCACCGGGGAGGAUUGGGAGGAGGCUCCUCUGGCUUCCGUCAUCCCCAUGGAGGGCUGUUACACACACAUCACCUGGGAGAGCCCCAGUGCAGCUCCUGUGAUGAGGAGAACCCAGCCACAUCCCACUGCCUUGACUGCCAGGAGUACCUCUGUGACAACUGUGUGCGGGCACACCAGCGGGUGCGGCUGACCAAAGACCACUUCAUCGAACGCCUGGGAGAGAACCUCCACCUCAGUCGGGUCAAUGCCAACAGCAACUCUGGACAGUCAGGGGUGUCUGUGUCCCUCGCCCAGUCCCUGCAGAACAACUUUGCCUUGCUGUCCCUGUUUCAGGAUCGCAUGAACUUCUGCCAGCACCAUGACAACGAGGUGUUUCUGUUCUUCUGUGAAACCUGCUCUGUGCCUAUCUGCAGGGAGUGUAGCGUGGGCCGUCACAUGGGCCACACCUUUGUUUACCUGCAAGACGCCGUGCAGGAUUGCAGGGCCAUCACCAUUCAGCUGCUAGCAGAUGCGCAGCAGGGACGACAGGCUGUGCAGCUAAGCAUGGAGAAAGUCCAGGCCAUGGCAGAGCAGGUGGAGAUCAAAGCUAAGGUGGUGCAGACUGAAGUGAAGGCCCUUGUCCUAAGACACAAGAAAGCUCUGGAGGAGAGGGAGUGUGAACUUUUGUGGAAGGUGGAGAAGAUCCGUCAGGUGAAAGCCAAGUCUCUGUAUCUUCAGGUGGAGAAACUACACCAGAGUCUGACCAAGUUGGACAGCACCAUCGCUGCAGUCAGCCAGGUGCUGGAUGAGGGACACCACCUUGACGUGCUGCUGGCCAGGGAGCGAAUGCUCACCCAGAUACAUGAACUCAAGGCUCUAAGGGGCCUGCUGCAGCCACAAGAGGAUGACCGCUUCAUGUUCACUCCUCCAGACCAGGCUUUAUACAUAGCCAUCCAGUCCAUGGGUCUGAUUAGCAGUGGAGCCUUUGCUCCUGUCACCAAAGCCCAUGGUGAGGGUCUGAAAGGUGCUCUCCGAGGCAAGCCUGCCUCCUUUACUGUAAUUGGAUACGAUCAUGAUGGCGAGCCCCGUCUUUCUGGUGGGGACAGCAUGUCUGCAGUAGUCAUGUCAGUCACAGAUGGAAACCUGUCUGCAGCGGAGAUAACAGAUCACCAGAAUGGCUCGUACACUGUCGGCUACCUGCCCAAAUGUGAGGGGGAGCAUCUUGUGUCUGUGCUGGUGUGUAACCAGCACAUCCAGGGCAGUCCCUUCAAGGUGAUGGUGAAGUCAGGACGGAGCUACGGGUGCCUUGGCUCCCAAGUGUCAUCCUUUGGAUGUGAGGGGGAGGGAGAUGGUCAGUUGUGUCGUCCCUGGGGUAUCAGCGUUGACAAGGAGGGAUACGUGGUGGUGGCUGAUCGCAGCAACAACCGCAUACAGAUAUUCAAGCCUUGUGGGGCCUUCCACCAUAAGUUUGGCUCUUUGGGUUCUCGGCCUGGUCAGUUUGAUCGUCCAGCUGGGGUUGCAUGUGACAGUCAGAGACGAAUCGUUGUUGCUGAUAAGGACAAUCACCGUGUACAGGUGUUUACUUUUGAGGGCCAGUUCCUGCUGAAGUUUGGGGAAAAGGGUACCAAGAAUGGGCAGUUCAACUAUCCUUGGGAUGUUGCAGUCAACUCUGAGGGUAAGAUCUUGGUCUCAGAUACCAGGAACCACCGUGUGCAGCUCUUUGGUCCAGAUGGCUCUUUCCUCAACAAGUAUGGCUUUGAAGGGGCCCUGUGGAAACACUUUGACUCUCCCAGAGGAGUAGCCUUUAAUCAUGAAGACCACCUGGUGGUGACCGAUUUCAACAACCACCGGCUCCUGGUUAUCCGGCCAGACUGCCAGUCCGCUCGCUUUCUGGGUUCCGAGGGUACUGGGAAUGGGCAGUUUCUGAGACCUCAAGGCGUCGCUGUGGACCAAGAGAACCGCAUCAUCGUAGCUGACUCCCGUAACCAUAGAGUUCAAGUAUUUGAGCCCAAUGGAAACUUCUUAUGCAAAUUUGGCACACAGGGAAGUGGGUUUGGGCAGAUGGAUCGGCCCUCUGGUGUGGCUGUGACACCUGAUGGAGUCAUUGUGAUUGUUGACUUUGGAAAUAAUCGCAUCCUCAAGUUCUAAAAGAAAAGUCUAUUUUUUGACAUUCUCUCCCUCCAUUUGCCCUUUUUGCAGUUUUUUAUAGAAGGAAAUGGAGGAGAGAGAAUGAAUCAGCAGAAAGGAGGAGAGCUUAGAGAUGAUUGGGGGCACGUUGAAAUGAAGGGAAAUUAAAACUAUAGAUUAUUUUUUUCAUUUCCAUCACUAUUCUCCAGAUCCAGUGUCUGUGGUGAUUACAACAAAGGGGACCUCUACAAAUCGAUAAUCAGUAGAAAAAGAGCCAUAUUUCCCUUCCUUUGUCUCAGCUGCUCUGAAUUCUCUCUUGGAGCUCUCCUUAAAAACACAUCUCAGGGAAUUUCUCACUUCUUGAAAUCUUGUACCCUCUGCUCCAUACCUACCUCAUUUAGCUCUUUAUGAAUGUACUCAUAGUCACUGAGCAGAGGUUUUAAGUCCGUGAAGUUUUACAAAGAAAAAAGUCUACCUCUAUACUUUGUUAUUUAAGAGAGACAAAAAAGAAUAGCCUCUUCAGUUGAUAUUUGCACAGGAUUAAUGGAAUUCUUGCUGUGCAUUUUGAAAUAUGAGUUAAAGUGACCCUCCUGAAUGUUGUUGCUGAGACAAUACUCAGACCGCUGUAGAGGCUGCAUGAUUUAUUCUCAGUAGAAGACUUCGCUCAGAGAGGAAACUAGGGUACAGUAGUGUCCUUUAAUGUUCUUAGACUAGUUAGUGUUUCACAUAUGCAUUGACCUUUGUCUCUGUUUGACUUUGUGGAGUUAAUAGUAUCAUGAUAGCCUAAGGAGACUGUGUGAAGCGAUGCCAAACUUGAUAGAAUCAAAAUGAGCUCAGGUCCCCUUCAGAGUGAUUAAAAUUAGCAGUACUUUCAGGCUUUUCCUUUUUCUUAACUGACUAAAGCUGAUUUGAUGACUUUAUUGAAGAGUACAAAUAUAAUGUUCAGGAAACCGGCUCUAAAAUGAACUGAUCCCCACGAUAAUCCCUGUAAUACACUUACCCAAAAUAUUUGACUGGCUUCUUACCCCACCUCCCAAUUGCUUCUGAAGACUGGACAAACAAAUGUUUUUGGUUUUCAAAAAAAAGGUGUGUGAUUGCUAUCCAGUCUAUGCAAGGAGAGCAGUGUCUUCUAUGAAUGGGAUGACACACCAAAGGCAUUUGGAGGUGAAUCCUUCAAGAUCUAAAUCUGUUGGUCAUAUAAACGUAGAGAUUUAAUCAUAUAAUUGAAUGACACCUUUUUGAAGAGGCAUACUGUGUGACAAAAGCCUCAGAAGAAGGCACCCAAUGUGGCUGUCCAGAGGACGUUAAUGACAUCAAGUUAAAGGCUUACUAUUACAAUCCUUAGGAUUUAGAUUGUGGUUGAAAGCCACUCACUUUGGUUCCUCGGGGGCCUUGUCCAGUCCAACGAGAGGGCAACAUGUCAAUGCCCUGCCCUUUUUAUUGAUGCUUUGAGAUGAGGAGACGCCUCCAGAUUGAGCGUUAGUAGGCCAAUUCCUCUAAAGAUGGAGGUCUACAGACCAACUAUUAGUCAACCAAAGUUAGAAUUUCUGCACAUGGGCCAACUGAAGAUUUGGCAAUUAAAGAAAGUAAAAAUCCCCUUUAAAACAUUUUCUUCAGUAAUCACUGUUGAGAAGUCUAAAUGGAGUUCAUAGCACUGUCUAUGUUAAGCUCAGAAGAAUUGAGUGCUUGGGUCACAGUUUUUUGUGCAGGAACACUUGAAGGUCCUGCCAAGACUGAGACUCCUGGCUGUGUGAGUGAAUUUUGAAACUAGUUCCUUAAGAGACGUUUGUGUAGACAACAGGAUACCUGCACCAAAGAGAGACCCUUUCUCCCCUUUGCAUUUAUUGCCCCAGCUUUUCAAAUGAUGCUACAGUUUUAUCAAUACUAGACGGCCUGUAGGCUCAGAGUAGCAUCUCAGAUUAGCCUUGCUUGUAUCCAUAACUAAAUCCUAAAUCCUAUAGAUACUAAUUAUUUGUGGUUAAAGUAUUGUGGGGUUUAAAAUCCUCUUGCCCUUUAUUCAAGCCGUGUCCCACUGGAAGCACUAGACAAUUAAGGCUCUCUGCCCCUUCCUGGCAAAGGAUCUUGGGACCCAUGAAAAUAUUCACCGACUGGCUCUCACCUCUAAGGAGAGGGUUGUCUGCACAAGAUCAGGAUUUACAUCCUCAGAUAUCCUUUACCUCUACAGUCAUUUUACCUCAUUUCUUGUACUUCAAAUUCUGAAUUACCUCAAAUAUGUCACUCAUAGCUACUGUGCAUUUAAACAUUCAAAUACCUCAACUUGGUGUUCAUUAUGAAUGCCUCUUUUUACUCUUUUAUUUAAGCAUACCUCAUAGGAUAUUUAUACCUUACAAAUAUACCUCAUUAUUUGAAUCUUCUUGUGUCACAGUACAGUACAUGUCCCAUAGCCCUAGGACCAAAGAUCAUGGUAUUGUUUUGAGUUGAAAUGAAAUUUGUAUCCUGGUCAUCGCUCCAUGCUUGCAACCCUGAACAACGUUUGGUUUGUUGAAUCUACUGUAAAUUGCCUGGUAAAUUUUGCCUUUUCUAUCACCAAGAAACCAAAUAUUUCAGAAAGCAUUGUGCCAAAAUGAUCUAUGAGAGUUCUGUGCCAAACAGGGUUGGCAUUUGGACUGCGCUGUUGUAGAUGACAAAUGUCACUGGACCAUUAUAGCAUAGAUACAAAUGUUUAAAUCAGAGCACCUGAGGUUAAAUCCUCUUCCUCUGAUGGGAUGCACUUAAAGAGGGCAAGGCCCCGUUUAUCUUUACCUCAUGAUGAUGAUGAACAUGCCGAUUCCACUUGUACUUUGUUACUGUGCACCAGGAGUGAGGGGAAGAGGAAGUGGCCUCUUUAAAAAUAACUUCACAUGUCCGCCUUUGAAUGCACAUGAAUUACCUCAAAAUUCAGCACAAUUUACCAAUAUUUUCAGUGUGGACUUUAGGAUGCUUGAUGUUGGUUCUGGAGGACUUUGACUUAGGUCGACCAUUCUGACUGUGACACAGACACAUCAGAAGAUCGCGCGUGACAACAAAUUGAUUUGGUAGUUGGCAGGAGCUGUUGGCACAUUGAUGCUGAUCCAGUUGGAGUCCACAGACCCUGCUGCUUUGACCACAACACCUAGUUUCAACCAAUAAGUAUUACUCUAUGAAAUGUUCAUACAUGUUGCAUCAGGUUUUUUUUUUUUUAAUUAAGAUUGCAGAAUUCUAUCUUUAAGAUCCUUAGGUCUUCACUCUUAAAGAGGAAAAUGAAUUUUAAACCUGUAUUUGUUUUUCAUUUUGCAUGCUUUAAAAAGUCUUUGUAUUAUACUGAUGUCUCCCAGAUAGGUGUUGAAAAACUCAGAUGGGGUGGGAUGGUUUUACCAAAAUGUAUACCCAAAGAUGUGUAUGUGUGUGUUAGGAUUGCUUUGAAUGGAAUUAACCUCUGACCUUUGCGAUUGUAUUUCCUGUUCUCUCAAGGCUCUGCAGAGCACAACCUGUUCAGCCAGCCUUGCUUCAAUUCCUCAGAAACAGUAUGGGCAGAGCUUUCAGUUAAAUGUGGAAAGUUGGUGUGGCCCUUGAUGAUUAGUGCUUAAUUUUAUUUUACUCCCCCUAAAAUGCAUUAUAUGGGAAGGCAUAUUUAUGUAGUGUCCUUUCACAUUCCUGUAAUUUUAGGAGGUUGUAGAAGCUUCCUGCUGAGUGUAAAUUUACCUUUCCAAUAGCGAUAAAGCCACAAGACGGCCAUUUUGUGUCAUGUGAGAGGCAGCUAGGUUUCUCUUGCAUUCAUCUCCGCCUCUCAAAAUCAGAAAGUGUGGGGAUGGUCACCAAGUAUGUGAUCAGUCAACUGCACUCCUGCUCUGUUUUGCUUUGAUUUGUUUUUUUAACUGGGCCUCUGUUUUUCUUUUUCUUUUUUUUCUUUUUUGUCCACCAUUCUAUUUCUGGCAUCUCACAACUUUAAAGCAGAGAAUAGAGCAAAGCUACACCAGGUGACACGUGCAAGGUCAUAGACCUCCUUUUAUAAUGAUUGUAUACGCUAAAGAAAGAACAGGAAAAAAAGGUUGGAAAAUUUAGAAACAAAAAAAAACUCAGGUAGUUCUCAGCAGCCCUGUGCUGCAGGUGUCUCAAUGAAAUGUGUCCCGUAGUGAUAAUCUAGUGACUUUUUUUCCUGUUAUGACCUCUCAGUACUAGUCUUGAUUCUUUUUGUGUGCUCAUUUGCAUAUUAAAAUACAAAUUAUUUCUCAAUCUGACAGGAAUUUUCGAUUAGUUUUCCCUAAAUAUUUUUUCUUUCAAGUUUAGUUUCUUUUAUCUUUUCAAAAAAGUACAAAUACUUAACGCCACUUGAUGCUCAUUGGCCCUUUUAGAAUGUAUUUUGUGAAGAAAAGGGUUAAAUGGGAUCUUGUUGAUUCUGUCUCGCUACUGCCAGCUGCUGGAGGAGAGACCACAGAGGACCUCUUAACAUGUGAUGCUAAACGUUCCACACCAGCGGUACUUUGAGUAUUGGGUGUUAUCACAUGGUUGGAGUGGAACAUAACGGUGCUGCUUCAGAAACCAGCUUUAACAUCGCCCCAUACUGGAGCAGUGUGGAAUGUUCUCCCAGCAGCCGGUUGUGUGUAGAGUAGGUGUUGUGUUUGUGCGCUGCAUUUUUGUUGUCUAAGCCGAAAUCCACUGAAUGUAUCCUUCUCACAGUCCAAGAGGCAGAGUGAACCAGCGUGGCCAGCUGAGUUUAGAUGGGUGCUGCUGGCGCUUCCUCAUCCAAGCCACUUUGUGUGUGUGUGUGUGCGUGCGUGUGUGUGUGUGUGUGUGUGUGUGUGUGUGUGUGCGUGCGGCGUGUGCGCGCAUGCACAUUUGUUUGUCAAACCUUGUGUGUGUAUGUGUGUGUGUUUGCCAGCACACUUUCCCGCCCUCUUAACACACACUCACACGUUGUGCUGAAUGGAAGUGCAGAUGUCAGGUCUUCAGUCUAAAUAAGGCAAAGGAGACUAUAAUAUAUUGGCCACCUGCUUCUCUCUCUGGACUCUGUGGACUUUAAACAUUUCUUAUGCAGUUCUUUGAUUGUUUUUGUUUACACUUAAAUAAAGUUGUAUUUCUUUGACUUCAAA